AUGGAUUUGCAAGUUGAGCAGCACAUUAAAAACUGCCGAGGAUGCAUGUUGGUAGCAGCACCCUCUGCACCAGAACCAAUGAAGCGCAGAGAAUUACCUUCAGGUCCAUGGCAACAUUUGGCUGUUGACUUUCUGGGACCCCUCCCAUCGAGCCACUACCUAUUCGUGGUGGUUGACUACUUCAGUCGCUACUUAGAAAUCGAGAUAAUGACGAAGAUUGAUACCAAAGAAACCAUCAACAGAUUGGAAAUAAUUUUUGCUCGGUUUGGUUUGCCGCUAUCCAUUACAGCUGAUAAUGGUCCUCAGUUUUCAAGUGUGGAGUUUCGAGUGUAUUGUGAAUCAAAUAACAUCAAGUUGAUCAACACCAUUCCUUACUGGCCACAGCAAAAUGGUGAGGUAGAACGCCAGAAUCGUUCUAUUUUGAAAAGAUUGACCAUCAGUCAAGGAAUCAAUUCUAAUUGGAUUGAAGAUCUCAAUAAGUAUUUGCUCAUGUACCGUUCAACUCCUCACUCAACGACGGAAAAGACUCCUUCGGAAAUGUUACUUGGAUAUUAUAUAAGAGACAAGCUUCCAUGUAUUUACCAACCCAAAGAAGUAGAUGAAGAGGUCAUCGAGCGUGACAAAGAAAUGAAAGAAAAAGGAAAGCUAUAUGCAGACAAACGACGCCAUGCCAAAGUGAAUCAUAUGUCGGAAGGUGAUAACGUUUUGGUGAAGAAUAUGAUAAAAUCAAAUAAGCUGACUCCCACUUUUGGUUCCGAAUCGUGCAAAGUUAUCAAAAGGAAAGGCGGAGAUGUAGUCAUUGCUUCAGAAUCGGGAGCAAAAUAUCGUCGACAUAUCACUCAUCUACAGGAUGUUUCUAAAUCACUACAAGUAGCAGAUAAUUCCAAUGAUACAACAAACAGAAAAGUUAAAGAAUCAGUCGAAGAGUCAACUGUGAAUUCUAGAAUAAAACGAGCUGUCCAACAACCAAUCUACAUGCAGGACUAUGUACAAACUGUCGACGGAGAUACAAAUAAAGAUUCACUGAAAUAA